AUGUGUGCUCAAAAUCAAACAUUUGUCACAGAGUUCAUACUCCUGGGAUUUAUGAAUAUUAAACAAGGGAAGAGUUUCCUCUUCAUCCUCUUUCUUAUUAUGUAUACCACUUGUUUCUUGGGAAACUCACUUAUGAUCACUGUAGUUGUUCUGAAUCAAUCUCUUCACAGUCCCAUGUAUUUCUUUCUUGUCAAUCUCUCAUUGUUAGACAUCUGCUACAUCUCUGUGACUGUGCCCAAAAUGUUAGCAGAUCUCUGGGUGGAAUCUCCAGGCAUUUCCUUGAUGGGCUGUGCUGUACAAUUAUAUUUUCUUGUAGCAUUGGUAGGUACUGAGGGAUUCCUCCUGGCCUCCAUGGCUCUGGACCGUUAUUUUGCUAUAUGUUGUCCAUUGGGAUAUAGUAGAUUCAUGAAUAAACAUAUCUGUCUGCAGCUAGCUGCAAUUUCCUGGGCUUGUGGCUUUCUUAAUGGUUGUCUUCAUACCACACUCACAUUCCGUCUAUCCUUCUGCCGAUCAAAUGGGAUUAGUCAUUUUUUCUGUGAUAUUCCUCCCUUGCUGAGUAUCUCAUGCUCUGACACAUAUAUCAAUGAACUUGCACUGCUCACUGUGGGUGUUUUCAUAGGCCUUAGUCCUUUCUUCUUCACGUUAGUUUCUUAUGCCUUCAUCCUCCAUACCAUUUUUAGCAACCAACAGCAAAAACACUUUCACAAAGCCAUUUCUACUUGUGCAUCACACCUCACCAUCGUGAUUCUGUUCUAUGUUUCCAGCAUCUUUACUUAUGUCCGUCCUACUUCCAGCUACUCACUGGAAAAAGACCAGCUUGUGGGGAUUCUAUACAGCAUCUUAACACCAACUCUCAACCCAAUCAUCUACAGCCUACGGAACAAGGAAGUGAAAGUGUCAGUGAGGAAAUUGAUAGGAGAGAAAAUGUUCUCACUUAGUUUUUAG